UCUGCAUUUUAUCUUGGAAGAUUUUACGCCGUUAACCGUCAUUUCUUUCAGUCGGUAAUGUAUAUACUGGAAGACUUUACGCCCUUAACUGGCUAACGGCGUAAUUCCUUUGAGUCGGUAAUAUAUAUACUAAAGGAUUUUACGCCGAUUUUAAUUCAUCUAUCGGCGUAAUUUCUUUCAGUCGGUAGUGCAUUCACAGGAAGAUUUUACGCCAUUAUCUAACAGUGUAAUUUUUAUUCAGUCGGUAAUAUAUUUACGGGAAGAUAUUACGCCAUUAACUAACUGCGUAAUUUCUUUCAGUCGGUAAUACUAGAAGAUUUUACGCCGUUAGCUAACGGCGUAGUUUCUUUCAGUCGGAAAUAUAAAUACUGGAAGAUUUUACACGGUUAACUACCGCCGUGAAAUCGUACAGUUAGUAUACAUAUUCAUUACUGUUUUUUGUUUGUUUUUGUUUUUUAAUUUUUUUUAAUUCAUUUUUUAGACUGAAAUAGUCACAUAUUAUGUUCCCGGACGUUCGGAGCGAAUUCACAGCGUUUUGUUUGGGUUCCUUGGUUAGCGUACGGCUUAUUAUUCUACAGGCGAAGCGAAACGAAACGAAACCAGGCGAGAUAGAUAUAAUAACGAAACGAAAGGAAUAAUAUGAGAAGGCCAACAUCUGUUUAUAUUCUAAUUGGUAAUUAUGUUUAAAAUGAAACAUCGAUUUCUCCAAAAUCCUUGUGAAAGUUAUCGUACUAUAUUAGAAAAUAUAUCGGAAUUAUUCCUUUAGUUUUGUUAUAUCUCGUCUAGUUUCGAUUCGUUUCGUUUCGUAAAACGGCGUUUCACAGUGACCUAAAAAAUGAUAAAAAUGAUUAUAUUAAUAGAGAAGUGCGAAGAUGUUUUAAAACUAGGCUAAACGGCCCUAAAGCCGGCCAAGGAACUCACAAAAUGCAGACAAAGAACCGAAGUGAGUUUGUUGUUUAUUCAAAACUGGUCCAGAUUUUAAGGUAAAGAAUGCCAACGCUUAUUCCCGUAAAAAUCGUUAUCUCUCGGCCACUGCACAGCAUAAACAAUUUGUGUGUUUACGAGGGCUUAUUUUGUGAAAUCGGGCUACCUGUGUUAAAUGGGGACAGCGGAACAUAUUCAAAAUGUAUGACUUUAAAAAUAGCCCUAUAUUUAGUACUGACAUUUUGCGCAGUGAGCCCGCGAGCUAAAGGGAUAGAAAGGAUGAUAAAAAUAGAAUCUGCCGUAACAUAUUUUAGCAUAUAGCCACACUUCCCUGAUGUCUGAAGCAUGGACAGGAAACAGCUGACACUUUUCGGCAGUCGGCAGGUUUUGGGUACCGGGCACGAAAAUAAUUACACGUCUUCUAACACUGUGCAGUCGUACAACACGAAACGCUUGCGGCAAAAUUUUUCUUUGAACUCUCCUUCUUUGCCUCAAAGCAAUAAAUAGAUUCAAAAGAGAAAUAGUACAACCAUAUUUCCUCUUUCAAUAUUGACGGCGGAACGGCUGAAAGUAAAGCGGUGAAAGGUCAAUUCUUCCUCCUUGCAAAUGCGAAGAUUGAACGUGCUUCUAAAAUCAGAACCAGCAGCCAUAAGUAAUUCAGGUCACGUCAUUUUGUAUCACAAGUGUUACAAGAUAAGUAUUUACACCAGUGCACCGUAGGAGGCAAGAAAAUUUGGUUGUGCGGGUUAAAGCAACCUUUCUUCUGAAAACGCAUCUUUGAAGUCUCGCUUCCUCACCCACCCCUCCCAUUGUACUUGCGAAAGAAUCGGUACGUGACCUGAAGAGUGCCAGGCUGCUCAGCACAUCACGUGUACCAAACGAAACAAAAGCAAAACAGGUAAUCAGGAAGUCAAAAUGUUCAAAAAUGGAGGGUGACAAGAAAAUAAUUUUGUGCUCUCUUCUUUUAUUAGCCUUCAGUGUUACUGAAAUUUUCCCUUCACAUGCCUACACUAACAUCUGGGCUGUGAAAAUUCGUGGUAGUUUACAAAAAGCAAAGGAGUUAGCUGUUAAACAUGGUUUUAUCUACGACAAACAUCUCUUUGAGGACUACCACACCUUAAAAAGACCACAAUUAAAUCACAGAUUAGAGGGAAAGUCUUUCUUGUCUGAAGAUAUUGACAAAAAGCUGGACAUGGACCCCAAGGUGGAGUGGUUCAUGCACCAGAAAGAGAGGAAAUAUAAAUCUUUUUCAGACAGAACAUUUCGUGAUCCAUUUUACAGCCAACAGUGGUAUAUUAGGAGAGCUGAUGGUCCAACAUAUAACAUCACUUCUGUGUGGAAGAAAUACACAGGACGAGGAAUAUUGGUAGCUGUGGUCGAUGAUGGACUUGAUGGGAAUCAUCCAGAACUUUCAGAUAACUAUGUACUAAUUUACAUCAUUUUAUUUUGUAUUAAUAAUACAGUAGUGCUCAAAAGUAAGUUUCCACUGUCUUUUGAGAAACAUCUAGUUCCUCUCCAGCUGUGUCUUGUUUCUCUUGAGACACAUCUAAGUGGUUUGCAAAUUGUUGUGACACACAAUGCCAGUGUUUGAACACAAUCAUAAUGCAAGUGUUGGGUAUUACAAACUUGCGUUUGUGAAUCACAUUUUUAAAUCACAAGGUUGAUUUCCACAUGCAUGUGGUGAGAUUGUGAAGACAGUCAUCAUUCAAUAUUGUUUAUUUACAUGAGCAUUUUGCUAGUCCCGCUAACACUGAUAUGGCUGGCGACAGUGGUUUACGGACCACCGUUUCCCGGAAAUGCCCCGCUUCCCCUGUUACCGUUUCAGCCCCGUCUAAGAGUGCUGCGGUUUCACCCGAGAGCGAUCUUCUUAAUGGAGGCCCUGAUGUUCUAUGUGAAGUUCCGGAACUGGCAGCCUGUUCUGCAGACCACCGUGCAAUCCUGUGGGAGAUUGCGGUUGAUGCUCGUAAACCGCUUGAUCAGCGCAGACGUUUUUGUCGUUGGACUUCAGAUCCCCGAUUUAUUGGUAUGAGAGAUGAGGACUUUA